GCAACUUUCCUGGCAUUUUCCUCCCAACCAAACAGGCCUCGACCCCCACCCCUAAUUCAUUAUUCAGUUCCCACAAAAAGAUCAUUGCUUGUCGGUCGCAUUAACUUCAUAAUCUCGUGUGAUUAAACAAGCAGCCGGCCUGAUUACAAAAUGUUAAAAAAGGUGAGGAGAAAAGUCAAAGUCUUGGUCACCAAACCCUUUAAAAGACCCAAGAAACCCUCCAAACCUCCACCAGAACCUCCUCCUCUUCCUCUUCCUCUUCCUCUCCCUCCGCCGAAAUCACCAUCUCCGCCGCUUUCUCCGUCGCCGGCGACGAUGACGAUGAGAAGAAGGAAUUCUCCGUUUCUAUUUCCGAGCACUGAAUCCUCUGUCUUGCCCGAUCCGUCUCGCUUCUUCGCUCACGAUCUCCUCUCGAACCCUCUUCCUACGAACUCGUUCUUCCAGAAUUUCACCCUUAAAAAUGGCGAUCAAGCGGAGUAUUUUCAUCCGUAUCUCGUCAAGCCCUCGGCCUCGUCUCUUUCGAUCUCGUACCCAUCACUGUUCGACAGCCCAGCUUUCAUUUACCAGGUCUUCAAUGCAGAUAUCAUCGUUUCCGGGUCGGACGGACCCGACCCGAAUGCCAGGAAGACCCAUUUGAUCUCCUCCUUCAAUGAUCUCAGCGUAACCCUAGAUUUCCCUUCUUCGAAUCUCAGGUUCUUCCUCGUCAGAGGGAGCCCAUUCAUCACCUGCUCCGUCUCCAACAAUUCUCCGGUAACAAUCUCCACAAUUCACGCGGUUCUUUCGUUUUCCGGCAAUCAUUCAUGCACGAAGUACACUGCUGAGCUCAACAAUGGUCAGACAUGGUUGAUUUACGCCUCUUCGCCGAUUAAUCUGAGCAAGGACGGUGUUUCUUCGAUUACCUGUGGUGGGUAUUCGGGUAUAAUCCGAAUCGCCGUGUUGCCCGGAUCGGGUCCGGGGUUUGAAUCGGUUCUCGAUCGAUUCAGCAGCUGUUACCCAGUUUCCGGCGACGCGGUUAUCACCAAGCCCUUUUGCGUUGAGUACAAAUGGGAAAAGAGAGGAUGGGGAGAUUUGCUCUUGCUCGCUCAUCCUCUGCAUCUGAAGCUUUUAUCCGGCGAUGAUUGCUCGGCCACUGUUCUUGACGAUUUCAGGUACAAAAGCAUCGACGGAGAUUUGGUCGGAGUCGUCGGAGAUUCCUGGGUUUUGAAGCCAGAUCCUGUCUCGGUAACUUGGCACUCGAUCAGAGGAAUCAAGGAAGAAUCAUACGACGAGAUCAUCUCUGCUCUCGUCAGAGAUGUGAACGCCUUGGAUUCAUCGGCUCCAGUGACGAACGAAUCGUAUUUCUACGGGAAAUUGAUCGCGAGAGCUGCGAGGUUAGCUCUGAUAGCGGAAGAAGUGUGUUUCCUUGAUGUGAUUCCAAAGAUCAGAACUUACUUGAAGAACAUGAUCGAGCCAUGGUUAGAUGGAACAUUCCAAGGGAAUGGUUUCUUGUAUGAUCCCAAAUGGGGAGGUAUAAUCACGAAACUAGGAUCAAAAGAUGCCGGAGCCGAUUUCGGUUUCGGGAUCUACAACGAUCACCACUAUCAUCUGGGUUACUUCCUCUACGCCAUUGCUGUACUCGCAAAGAUCGAUCCUUUGUGGGGCAAGAGGUACAGAGGUCAGGCAUACUCUCUAAUGGCGGAUUUCAUGAACAUGGGCAGAAGGGCUAGUGCCAAUUACCCGCGUCUCCGGUGCUUCGAUCUCUUCAAGCUCCAUUCCUGGGCAGGAGGUUUGACCGAGUUUGCCGACGGCAGAAACCAAGAGAGCACGAGCGAGGCCGUGAACGGGUACUACUCGGCCGCCUUGCUGGGCUUAGCCUACGGAGACUCACACCUCGUCGCGACGGCCUCAACGCUCGUAACGCUCGAGAUUCACGCGGCACAGACAUGGUGGCACAUCGGAGAAGACGAGGAGGACCAGAUUCACGUUUACCCGAAGGAGUUCGUGUCGGAGAAUCGAGUGGUGGGGGUGUUGUGGGCGAACAAGAGGGACAGUGGGCUGUGGUUUGCUCCAAAGGAGUGGAGAGAGUGUCGGCUGGGGAUUCAGCUGCUGCCGAUACUGCCGGUGUCGGAGACUCUGUUCUCGGACGUGAGGUUCGUGAAACAGCUGGUGGAGUGGACGUUACCGGCGCUAGCGAGGGCGGACGCGGGCGAGGGAUGGAAAGGGUUCGCUUACGCGUUAGAGGCGGUGUACGACAAGGCAGGAGCGAUGGAGAAGGUUCGAGGGUUGAAUGAUUUCGAUAAUGGGAAUUCACUGAGCAAUCUCCUGUGGUGGGUUCACAGCAGAGGCAGUGGUGAAGAUGACGAAGAAGAAGAUGGUUGCUUGGGUGACAAGCAUUGUUGGUUCCGUCACUAUUGUUAGUGUGUGGCUCGUGGCUUCGUCAUUUCAGUAUUUAACUUGGAAAUCACAUCGUCGCUGAAAUAAAAACCACCAAUUUCGUUUGAA